CUGAGCCCAUUGCGCGAGAGCUUCACGUCUUGGAUAGAAUCCUGCAAGAGACGGUGCGCCAAGUCGGUCUGCACUGCUGGGAGCGUGGAAAGCUGCUCCAAAAAGUGAGGGCCAGGUACUGGAGCAUCAUCGAGGAGGCGCUGGGAAUUUCAUCCAUCCUGAAGCGCGACAUGAUGUCGCUCAGAAAAGACCUUCGCGACCGCAUAACGCAGUCCGUGCAGCACGCCAAGGACAAGGAGAUUCUGACCCGUCGGCUCAUCGAAGAGACACAAACGACUGCGGGAUUGAGGGAUGAGCUUGGAAAGAUGGCUCAUGAAGUUGAGGCGAUGGAGCGGCGCCUUCGAAGGGGUCGUUUCGAUAUCAUCGAAGAGGAGCUGGCGAAGUACAAGUUCAAGAUGGACAAGCAGAUGGUCGAUUUCUCGGACCGAACUCGAAGGGCUCUGCAUCAAGAAUUCGAGGAGAAGCUGAGAAAACGCCAACAGGCGGCGUCCUCCGGAGACUCUCAUUCCGGGGAAGAGUCCACCUGA